AUGCUGCUCGUGAGAGUCUCGGGUUGCUGCCCAAUAUUGAAACGUGUUCUUUCCUCCCUCCCUCCCUCCCUCCCUCCCUCCCUCCCUCCCUCCCUCCCUCCCUCCCUCCCUCCCUCCCUCCCUCCCUCCCUCCCUCCCUCCCUCCCUCCCUCCCUCCCUCCCUCCCUCCCUCCCCCCCCCCUCCCUCCCUCCCUCCCUCCUCCCUCCCUCCCUCCCUCCCUCCCUCCUCCCUCCCUCCCUCCCUCCCUCCCUCGCUCCCUCCCUCCCUCGCUCCCUCCCUCCCUCCCUCCUCCCUCCCUCCUCCCUCCCUCCUCCCUCCUCCCUCCCUCCCUCCCUCCUCCCUCCCCCCUCCCUCCCUCCCUCCCUCCCUCCUCCCUCCCUCCCUCCCUCCCUCCCUCCUCCCGCUCGCUCCCUCCCUCCCUCCCUCGCUCCCUCCCUCCCUCCUUCGCUCCCUCCCUCCCCUCCCUCGCCUCCUCCCUCCCUCCCUCCCUCCCUCCUCCUCCCUCCCUCCCUCCCUCCCUCCCUCGCUCCCUCCCUCCUCCUCCCUCCCUCCUCCCUCCUCCCAUCCCUCCCUCCCUCCCUCCCUCCCUCCCUCCCUCCCUCCCUCACCCUCCCUCCCUCCCUCCCUCCCUCCCUCCCUCCCUCCCUCCCUCCCUCCCAUCCCUCCCUCCCUCCCUCCCUCCCUCCCUCCCUCCCUCCUCCAUCCCUCCUCCCUCCUCCCUCCCCUCCCUCCCUCCCUCCCUCCCUCGCUCCCUCCCUCCCUCCCUCCCUCCCUCCCUCCCUCCCUCCCUCCCUCCCUCCCUCCCUCCCUCCCUCCCUCCCUCCCUCCCUCCCUCCCUCCCUCCCACCCUCCCUCCCUCCCUCCCCCCCCUCCCUCCCUCCCUCCCUCCCUCCCUCCCUCCCUCCCUCCCUCCCUCGCUCGCUCCCUCCCUCCCUCCCUCCCUCCCUCCCUCCCUCCCUCCCUCCCUCCCUCCCUCCCUCCCUCCCUCCCUCCCUCCCUCCCUCCCUCGCUCCCUCCCUCCCUCCCUCCCUCCCUCCCUCCUCCCUCCUCCCUCCCUCCCUCGCCUCCCUCCCUCCCUCCCUCCCUCCCUCCUCCCUCCCUCCCUCCCUCCCUCCCUCCCUCCCUCCCUCCCUCCCUCCCUCCCUCCCUCCCUCCCUCCCUCCCUCCCUCCCUCCCUCCCUCCCUCCCUCCCUCCCUCCCUCCCUCCACCCUCCCUCCCUCCCUCCCCCCCCCCCCCCCCCUCCCUCCCUCCCUCCCUCCCUCCCUCCCUCCCUCCCUCCCUCCCUCCCUCCCUCCCUCCCUCCCUCCCUCCCCCCCUCCCUCCCUCCCUCCCUCCCUCCCUCCCUCCCUCCCUCACUCCCUCCCUCCCUCGCUCCCUCCCUCCCUCCCUCCCUCCCUCCCUCCCUCCCUCCCUCCCUCCCUCCCUCCCUCCCUCCCUCCCUCCCUCGCUCCCUCCCUCCCUCCCUCCCUCCCUCCCUCGCUCCCUCCCUCCCUCCCUCCCUCCCUCCCUCCCUCCCUCCCUCCCUCCCUCCCUCCCUCCCUCCCUCCCUCCCUCCCUCCCCCCCUCCCUCCCUCCCUCCCUCCCUCCCUCCCUCGCUCCCUCCCUCCCUCGCUCCCUCCCUCCCUCCCUCCCUCCCUCCCUCCCUCCCUCCCUCCCUCCCUCCCUCCCUCCCUCCCUCCCUCCCUCCCUCGCUCGCUCGCUCGCUCCCUCCCUCCCUCCCUCCCUCCCUCCCUCCCUCCCUCCCUCCCUCCCUCCCUCCCUCCCUCCCUCCCUCCCUCCCUCCCUCUCUCUCUCCAUUCUUCCCUUCCUCCUAUCGUUUCUGAUCAAUCAUCAGACGGUGUAUGGAGUGGAUACACACGUGUCUCGCCAGGAGACUGUACUGAAUCUGCUUUUACCGGGUCACUUUAUGGAGAGGCGCCCUCUGUACGAUCAGAUCCUAAUGGUGCUGCCGCCCCUGCUGCCGCUGCACCACGUCCUGCCGUCCCUGCGCCAAGCCAAAGUCGUCACCCAUGCCAAGAAGCUGCUCCAGCUGCUGAUUUCCCAGCUGCUGGGCCUCCCUCUAGCAAAGCACUCCUUUCUCUCCACCACCGAUGGUACCACCAGCAGCAGCAAGUACCUGUGGCACGUGCAGACGCUCUAUCAGCCUGUCAUACCGCACUGCACCAAUCCCGACCUCCCUCUCUGGAAACACUUCCGCCGACGCUUCCUCCUGCCCACCCCUCCCCUCCCAGACCCCCCAGCCGAUUCCACCACCCCCACUCCCACCCUCUCCUCCUCCUCCUCACGCUCUCUCACUGAAGAAAACCCGUCUGCUGCUCUCAACGACCCCGCCUCUCCGCUUGAGCUGGUGCCGAAGGUGCCGCCUGGGUUCCUGGAUGGGGCUCGCUCCGUGUUCCCGUCGCUGCCGGCUCUGCCAGACGAGGGAUACGCACAGGGCGGGGACCUGCACGGAUCGUGGGUUCCUAUUGGCUGGCAGGUGGUGGUGGCACACGACUCAAUGCGAUGCACCAAGGCGCUAGGGCAGGUAGAGGAGCUGCUGCACCGGUACUUCCCUGCUGACAGGAUCGUCGUCUUCUCCUCCAGCAGAAAGGUCAUGGAAGGAAAGCACAUAUUCAACCGAGCAGCACUCUUUAUAACCUGUCUCGGCCUUGCCAUAACCAACACCAUGUUCAUGCCGCCCCGGGCGGCAGUUCUCGACCUGCGGCCGCCCAUCCCCGUCUCCCACACCACCCACUACACCCUCCUCUCCCGCUCCUUCGCCUCUGCCAACGACGUCCGCUCUUUCGUCCUUAUCUGCCAGCCGGGCGGCGACAGCGAUGACGUGGCGGCGGGAUCCGGCCAAUUGGAGUGCAACACGCGGGAGAUCGAUGACGUCAUUGAUCGAAUAGCACACGAUGUCUACACCUCCCCUGCUGCUGUAGCCGCUGCUAUGUCCCCGACCCGCGACGCCGAAGCUGCCGCCGAGGCUCUCGCCGACGCCGAAGCUAGCGGCCGCUCGCUGCUUCGGCCGACGGACCUGAUCCGAGGCUCGGUGCUUCGGAGCUCUCUCCAGGUUCAGAAGUUCCGAUCCUGGAUGAAAUGUGUAGGUCAGGAGGGCAGGUGGGUAUAUGACCCGAAUCCCCGCCGAUUACCCUGGUGGUUUAUGGGUAAACCCUACCAAUGUGACUCGCGGGGGCACCGCGGGAAAUGGGUGGGGGCGGCUGAUGCGGUAGCAGACGCAAAGGGGGAUGCGGAGGAGUGGACAGUUAGGGAAACUCUCAAGUACAAAUGGGGUGUGCCGGUAAAUGCUUGCCCGAAGGUGCCAGUGCGAUCGUGGGAGGUGGAGGAGGAGGACGAGGCGGAGGGCGGGAGGAGGUAUCGCGGAAGGGAGGCCAGAGCGGUGGAGAGUGGUGGGGAUGGGCGGGAGACGAUGCGGAUGACGAUGCGAUUCUCCCACUCCAGCUGGAUGAAAUUCUCCCCGGAGAAAUUCUGUGAAAGAGUGGGGCGAGGCCGGCUAUUCCUUUUCCUGGGAGACUCCCUGAACGAGCAGUUUUCAGAGGCGUUUUUGAACAACCUCGUGCUGAACCUCCCGAAGCCAGUCACAGAGGAGCAAUUGAGAAUGGAGAUCCCGAGGAGUGCAGGGAUAGAUGGGUGGGUGGAGCAGGGUAUUAUUGUCAACAAUAACGGGAUGGAUGGGUGGGUGGAGCAGCAGAGCAGAGCAUGA